CAAUGCUGUCGGAAUAUUUAAAUACAUCAGCUGAACUGACACCAAGAUCACCUGAAAAAGACCGGGAGUUUCGCGCCCUCUGGAGGUGACUGCGUAGUAUCGUUCUACUCCAUUGACCCGGAAAUAGAUUUCACUUCUCUCGGUCACACGUGUGGAAGUACCAACUGGUUAUCAUGGGGAAGUCCAAACAAACCCGAAACCACAACAAUGGCAAGAAGAAGAACAUUGCAAAGACCUGGAAGACAAAGCGCAGGACCAAAGACCUGGAUCAGAUCCACUCAGACAUGAAGCCUGACACGGCUGCUAAACUGCUGCAUCAGGAGGUUGACUACGAUGUAACCGGAUGUGCACAACACUACUGCUUACACUGCGCGAGAUAUUUUGUGGAUAUGAGAUCCUUGAAAGAGCACUUCAAAACUAAAGUGCAUAAAAAACGACUGAAACAGCUCAGAGAAGAGCCCUACACCCAGGAAGAGGCAGAGAGAGCAGCAGGCAUGGGCUCAUACAUCCCUCCAAAAGUUGUUGAAGUGAAGACCCAACCAUUAGAGGAGGACAUGGAAUGAAAGCCUCUGACAUUAAUCCACGGACUGAUUAACUCAUAAAAGAGGCAUUAGCAGUUAAUGCUUGCAGUUAUUGUUGUCACAUACUUUAGUAGCAAAUCUGAAAAUGCCUUUUGUGACAGAUAAUGUUUGUUUUUCAGCCAGCUGUGAGAAACGUGGUUGUUAAACUUCCAUCACCAAGUUCAGAUGCAUUGUCUGCCUAUGUAAAUACAAAGGAUGGUGGAAUGUUUUCUACAAUAAUAAAUUUUGUGGAGUUGAUUAAGUCACAUUACACAUGUGGAGUACAGCAGUGCAGUUAGAGCUGUACCUGAACUUACCAGACAAAGAAAUAGAGGAAAACAUGCAUUUCUGUACACAAAGUAAUAUUUAUUUUUCACUCUAGUUGUUCAUUUAAAAUACUGGACAGUUAACUAAGUUUGACUAUUGAUAGAAAAUGUAAUUCUGCUGUGUACUGUAGACCUUAUUUUGUAACUGCUUCAAAUGGAGGGAAUUGGAGAUGUGCAUAGUGAUUCAGAUGUCUGCGACCAGGCUAACUUAUACCUCGUUAAACUUCUAAAUGUUCUUAAUUAAACAAUCUUGAGACAACACUGCACAGAGAUCAUAUCAUCAUGUCUCAUUUUACAGGUCACAAGGAUUGGGAAUGACACAGUUGGAGUGCUUGUGCUUUAGUUGGAGGCACUGGGUUUCACACAUAGUCCCCUAUUUUCAGUGGCGUAGUAACUGAGCAAACUAUCAUAAUUUUAAAUAUCAGGAGUAUUUUUAAUGCUUCAGUGGAAAUUCUUGGCACUCGAUGGCUGUGUGAAAUCUACAGUCCAUGAGCGUUACCAGUGCUGUAGCCACCUUCGGCUGUUUGUUUGUGAGUCUCUUCAUUCAGUUUUGAAUUUAAUUACCGAAAAGCUAAUCUGUUAGGUUGAAAUCAGGUGACGGAUUGAAAAAUAUCCCAUAUGUUUGUCUUGAGAAACGCUUGGGUUGCUUUUGAAGUAUGCGUUGAGCAAGAAUCCGUUUACUGUGAAUCUGUGAAGCUUUGAUCAGUUUUGCAGUAUUUGGCUGAAUCUGAGCGGAUAGUAUAGCCUUGUACACUUCACAAUUCAUUCUGCUACUUCUAUCAGCAGACACUUCCACUGUCAGCCAUACAUGCCCAUGCCGAAACAUUGUCUCUACCAUGUUUGAAAAAUAAUGUGGUUUAGUGUAGAUCUUUCUCCAUACUUUUAUCUCACUGGUUUCAUCUUUCCGACAAUUUUUUUUUCCUUUGCAGCCUAAUCUGGUCUUCCUGUUCUUGAGUGUAACCAGUGGGUUUCACUUAAUUGUAAAUCCUGUAUUCAUGAAGUCAUCUUUUGAUUGUAGACUUUCAUAAUGAUAUUCCUUCCUCCUCAACAGCGCUCUUGACUUAAAUAGCUGUCGUCAAGGGGAUUCUGAAGCAAGGCAGUAACUGCGAUCUUCCGCUGUAUUUGUCUUGUGUGGUUUUUCAGGCAUUUUGCGUUCCUGAGCUGGUCACUGCAUUUUUUUUCCCCCUGCAGAACUGUACCAGGUUGGUCAACCCUAAAGUUUUAGCUCCCACUCUGAUAGGUUUGUUCUGGCUUUUCAGCUAAUCAUAGCCUCCCUGAUAAUUUCUCUGGGCCUCAUAUCGAGAAAUCCAGUGACCAGCUACCAAAUGCAAGUUGAAAAAUUGGAAUAAACUGCAGGUCUUUUAUUCAUUUUUAAUAAAAUAAUCAGAUGUC